GUGCAUCGAUCACCACCACACCACCACCACUCAUCACCAUGGUUCUCCUCGGCGGUCCCCUCGGCAUCUCCUUCGCCAAGCAGAUCAAGGCCUACUCGGCCGGCCUGUACAACUCGCUCCGCCCCCUCGCCAACGCGUACGCCAACGCCGCUGGCCACCGCAAGGUCGGACUCAAGUACGACGACCUUUUGGUUGAGGAGCGCCUCGAUGUCGAGAAGGCUAUCUCGCGCCUCCCCGCCAAGGAGGGCUACGACCGUGUCUACCGCUUCCGCGUCGCCUUCCAGCAGGACCUGAUGCGCCGCCCUCUCCCCAAGGCCGAGUGGGUCAAGGCCGAGGACGACGUCCGCUACCUCGCCCCCCUUGUCGAGGAGGUCGCCCGUGAGGACGCCGAGCGCGCCACAUGGGACACGAUCGAGGUCGUCCGCAAGUAAACCGACCCUGCGUAAUCUAGACUGCGUCCUAUGCAAAACAAAACGUAACGGAUA